GAACCUCGGGAGGCGGGAGACGCGGAGGGGCUGCCGAGGGGCGUCCGGUUACAUCUCCGCCUUCCUCAGCCUCCGGCCGCAGAGCCCUUCGGUUUGCGGGACGGCAGUCCGGGAACAUGUUGGCCGCGGUCCGCCGGAGCGGAGCUGCGUGGACGCGGGCGCUGCUGCUGCAGCUGCUGCUGGCGGGGCCCGGGGGCUGCCUGAGCCGCCAGGAGCUCUUUCCCUUCGGCCCCGGGCAGGGCGACCUGGAGCUGGAGGCCGGGGACGACCGCGUCUCCCCAGCCCUGGAGCUGAGCACUGCGCUCCGCUUCUUCGACAAAUCCGACCUCAACUCGGUCUACAUUACCACAAACGGCAUUAUUGCCAUGAGUGAGCCCCCAGCCAAAGAAUCCCAUCCUGGGCUAUUCCCACCGACCUUCGGAGCAGUCGCCCCUUUCCUGGCGGACUUGGACACGACAGACGGCCUUGGGAAGGUUUACUAUCGGGAAGACUUAUCUCCCUCUGUCACUCAGCUGGCAGCGGAGUGUGUCCAGAGAGGGUUCCCGGAAGUCUCUUUCAAGCCCAGUAGCGUGGUGGUUGUCACUUGGGAAUCCGUGGCUCCCUACCAAGGGCCCAGCAAGGACCCUGCCCAGGAAGGCAAGAGAAACACAUUCCAGGCUGUUCUGGCCUCUUCUGAUUCCAGCACCUACGCCAUUUUCCUUUAUCCUGAAGAUGGUCUGCAGUUCUGUACGACAUUCUCAAAGAAGGAUGAGAACCAAGUUCCCGCAGUGGUUGCUUUCAGCCAAGGUUUAGUAGGAUUAAUAUGGAAGAGUGACGGAGCUUAUAACGUAUUUGCUAAUGACAGAGAAUCAAUUGGAAACUUGGCCAAGAGCAGCAACUCUGGGCAGCAGGGCAUCUGGGUGUUUGAGAUUGGGAGUCCGGCCACGGCCAGUGGCGUGGUGCCCUCGGACGUGAACCUGGGAUUGGACGACGGAGCAGAGUAUGAUGAUGAAGAUUAUGACUCGGUGACACCUCUGAGCCUGGAGGACACGGGCACCACAUCCUUCCCCUAUGAGGCCCGGAGAAGGGGAGACACUGGCACAUACAACAUGCCCAGUGACCUCUCCCCCCGCCGCCUGGCUACUGAGAGACCCCCUGGACCUCCCACGGAGAGGACCAGAUCUUUCCAGCUGCCAGUGGAGAGGUUUCCCCAGCAGCAACCACAGGUCAUAGACGUGGAUGAAGUUGAGGAAACAGGAGUUGCAGUUUUCAGCUACAACACAGAUUCCCGCCAGACGUGUGCCAACAACAGACACCAAUGCUCCGUGCACGCAGAGUGCAGGGACUUUGCCACCGGCUUCUGUUGCAGCUGUGUUUCCGGCUACACGGGGAACGGCCGGCAAUGUGUUGCAGAAGGUACCCCCCAGAGAGUUAACGGCAAGGUGAAAGGGAAGGUCUUUGUGGGGAACAGCCAAGUUCCCACUGUCUUUGAGAACACCGACCUCCACUCUUACGUGGUAAUGAACCAUGGGCGCUCCUACACAGCCAUCAGCACCAUUCCUGAGACCAUCGGGUACUCUCUGCUUCCUCUGGCCCCUAUUGGAGGCAUCAUUGGAUGGAUGUUUGCCGUGGAGCAAGAUGGAUUCAAGAAUGGGUUCAGCAUCACAGGGGGCGAAUUCACCCGCCAGGCUGAGGUGACCUUUGUGGGGCACCCGGGCAAGUUGUUCAUUAAGCAGCAGUUCAGCGGUAUUGAUGAGCAUGGACACCUGACCAUCGACACGGAGCUGGAGGGCCGAGUGCCGCAGAUCACCUUCGGCUCCUCGGUGCACAUCGAGCCCUACACGGAGCUCUACCACUACUCCCACCAGGUGAUCACAUCAUCCUCUACCCGGGAGUACACAGUGACGGAACCUGAGCGGGAUGGCGCUGCCCCUUCUCACGUCCACACUUACCAGUGGCGCCAGACCAUCACCUUCCAGGAGUGCGUCCACGACGACUCCCGGCCAGCCCUGCCCAGAACCCAGCAGCUCUCGGUGGACAGCGUGUUUGUCCUGUACAACCAGGAGGAGAGGAUCUUGCGCUAUGCUCUGAGCAACUCUAUCGGUCCCGUGAGGGACGGCUCCCCUGAUGCCCUUCAGAAUCCUUGCUACAUCGGCACUCAUGGGUGUGACACCAAUGCAGCCUGUCGCCCCGGCCCCGGGACCCAGUUCACCUGCGAGUGCUCCAUCGGCUUCCGGGGAGACGGACAGACCUGCUACGAUAUCGACGAAUGUUCAGAGCAGCCCUCGGUGUGUGGGAGCCAUGCAAUCUGCAAUAACCACCCAGGAACCUUCCGAUGCGAGUGUGUAGAGGGUUACCGGUUUUCAGAGGAGGGAACAUGUGUGGCUGUCGUGGACCAGCGCCCCAUCAACUACUGUGAGGCUGGCCUUCAUGACUGUGACAUCUCUCAGCGGGCCCAGUGCAUCUAUUUGGGAGGCUCCUCCUACACCUGCUCCUGUCUGCCAGGCUUCUCUGGGGAUGGCAGAGCCUGCCAAGAUGUGGAUGAAUGCCAGCUGAGCCAAUGUCACCCUGAUGCCAUCUGCUACAACACUCCAGGGUCCUUCACGUGCCAGUGCAAACCUGGUUAUCAGGGAGACGGCUUCCGUUGCAUGCCUGGAGAAGUGGAGAAAACCCGAUGCCAGCAUGAACGAGAACACAUCCUCGGGGCGGUGGACCCCCAGCACCCCCGGCCUCCGGGACUGUUUGUUCCCGAGUGUGAUGAGCACGGACGCUACGCGCCCACCCAGUGCCACGGCAGCACGGGCUACUGCUGGUGUGUGGACCGCGACGGCCGCGAGGUGGAGGGCACCAGGACCACGCCCGGGAUGAGGCCACCGUGUCUGAGUACAGUGGCUCCCCCGGUUCACCACGGACCCUCAGUUCCUACCGCCGUGAUCCCCCUGCCACCUGGGACCCACCUACUCUUCGCCCAGACCGGGAAGAUAGAGCACCUCCCCCUGGAGGGAAGCACCAUGACCAAGACGGAAGCCAAGGCGCUGCUUCACGCCCCGGAUAAAGUCAUCAUUGGACUGGCCUUCGACUGUGUGGACAAGAUUGUUUACUGGACCGACAUCAGUCAGCCUUCCAUUGGGAGAGCCAGUCUGCAUGGUGGAGAGCCAAGCACCAUCAUCCGACAAGAUCUUGGAAGCCCAGAAGGCAUUGCUCUUGACCAUCUUGGCCGCAACAUCUUCUGGACGGAUUCUCACCUGGAUCGGAUAGAAGUUGCAAAGCUGGAUGGGACCCAGCGCCGGGUGCUGUUUGAGACUGAUUUGGUGAAUCCCAGAGGCAUCGUAACGGAUUCCGUGAGAGGGAAUCUUUAUUGGACAGACUGGAACAGAGAUAGCCCCAAAAUCGAAACUUCCUACAUGGAUGGCACAAACCGGAGGAUCCUUGUGCAGGAUGACCUGGGUUUGCCCAACGGGCUGACCUUUGAUGCCUACUCAUCUCAACUCUGCUGGGUGGAUGCAGGCACCCAUCAGGCCGAAUGCCUGAAGCCCGAUCAGCCCAGCAGACGUAAGGUUCUUGAAGGGCUCCAGUAUCCUUUCGCCGUUACAAGCUUCGGGAAGAAUCUGUAUUACACAGACUGGAAGACGAAUUCCGUGGUCGCUGUGGAUCUUGCUAUUUCCAAAGAGACGGAUUCCUUCCAUCCCCACAAACAGACCCGGCUGUAUGGCAUCACCACCGCCCUGUCUCAGUGUCCCGAAGGUCACAACUACUGCUCAGUGAACAAUGGUGGCUGCACCCACCUCUGCUUGGCCACCCCAGGAAGCAGGACCUGCCGUUGCCCUGACAAUACCCUGGGCGUUGACUGUAUCGAGCGGAAAUGAAGACAAGAGUGCCUCGUUCCCUCUCUAAAAUAUUUCACAGCAACACCCUACUUGAAAGGGUCCAGACUGAAAACUGUCUGACCUGGUGGCUAAGUGGCCACCAGGUCCAGGGCCAACCCAGCCUGAGCCCCAACAGCAUUGCCCUCACUGUUCCCCAAAACAUAUGCCCUGCAAUUCUGGAAUGGGAAAGCCUCUACUCCUACGCAAAGACAGAAAACCUCUCUGACCCCAACCCUCAGACAAGCUUAUACAGCCCUGAGUGAGGAUUAUAUGCCCCAUCCUGGUGCUGGAAAUUUUCCCCAACCUUAACACCCCAGUGGUGAGCAGAACCUCCCCAGGCCUGAGCCGCCCCUUCCCUGUGGCCUUACGAGCUCAGCCUCACUCUGAGAUACCCAUCAUCCCGUCAGCUGCUGAACACACCAGCCAGGAUUGUCUAGGCAAGGCUGUGAGCAAAGGAGGGAGUUAGCCCUCCCACACUUUCGUCUUGGUGCUCUGAUUUCCCUCUUUGUACUCCUGGCUUUUAACCCCUGAGUUCUGUACCACCUGCAUCCUGCCCAAGGCCCACAUUAUAGAGAGCAAGCCCCGCUUUUUGGUCAAAACCCAUCCUGUCCGAAGGAUACGUGGGUAUUUGGUGGAUGAUACUGAGCAGCCUCUCCCAGAAAAGUUAUUGGCAUUUCAGCAGUAGUCUUUGGUAGUCAAAGGCUCAAAUCAAAGGAGUGUCCAGUAGUAGGAAUUUCAAUGUGUAGAGUCAGAUGUUUGAGGAUGGGGAUUCUAUUGAUGUGCCUUAAAUUAUACCAAAGAUUACCAGAGCACUUGGAUCCUAGCAUCUGGUCUCUGGGGCGGCACAGCCCCACUGCUGGCACCUGUGUCCAGCCUCCUAAUGGAGACCCAUGUGAGACACAGGAUGGGGCUGGUACCAGUGAUGACACCCCCUAUAGUCCCUCACCUCUGGCCUCCACCCAUGAGAUCCAAUCUACAAUCAACCCUAAGCUUUCUUCUCCUUUGUUUCUCCCUCUAUCCAUGGCCCUUGCUGGCUGUAUUCUCAUGCAAAAUCACAAUCCAGGAGGGCCAAACUGAAUAUUUAUACUAGUGAUCCAGACCGUUUAUUGCUCAUUGGUGUAAUUAAAAGGACCAUUGCCACA